AUGCAUUUGUCUGAAACUUCCUUGCAGCCGGCUGUGCCUGUUUGUUCCCUGGAGAGUGGAGUGCUUGAACAGGGAAUCAAAAAGUCCAUAACUGGUGCUGAUGAGAUGCAAUCUACCCAGGAUAAGUGCUCCAAUGGGGCUGCAACAAAGGGCAAAGGGAAGGGGACAGAGGUAGCUGUUGGUGAGUCAUCCAGUGGAGCUGGCAAAUGGGUGGUUAGUAAAACAGAGAGCGGUGCUGCAGUGACCGACCCUCUGGGUGGCUCGACCCCGAAGAGGCUGAGGACCGCAGGCUCUGUUGUAGCAGGUGCUGGCUGGGCUUCAACAGUUGAGGAGUUGGUGCAGCAGGCGGCUGGGCGUCUGGUGCAGCAGGCGAAGGCGGGCAACGCCAGUGCCGGCAUGGUCGUGGAUGCUGUGUUGGAGCUGUUGGGUGACGCGUUGGGUGUGGCAUCUCCGCUGGCCGGGUCCUCGGACACGGCGGUGGUGAUGGCGCUGGGCGCCGUGUACAAGCAGCUGACAAUGAAGAGGCUCAACGAGGGAGUCGCAGUGGAGACGGCAAGGGACCUGUAGCUCGCUGCCUGUCGUGCGCGUCCGGCCUGUGCAAUGGGACGGGAAUGCAGUAUUUUGUUGAGCGUUGGAAUGUGCAUUGUGCUUGUACCUGUCAGAGCUUACUUUUGUCAUUUGGCUGGAAAUGCGAUCUCAUGUAGUAUGAACCAGUAGUGGAAUUAGGUAGGUUUAGUCCUGUUGAUCUAUAGUCUGACAUCUCUACCCUAAUCAAUGUCUAAUAAUGCAUUACUCUAUUCAUAA